UGACUGCUCCCAAGAAAACCGGCGACGAGCCUCCGUACCCGGCAGUUUAAUCGCACAUCUUCACUGCUUUACAUUUACUGAUACUGACACAGCGAGCAAGAAAGAGAACCUUUAAAGCGAAACUAAAGUAACUCACAAAACACAUCAGAAUUUCGCUUCUUAUAAACCAAGCAACACCUGCAUGCUGCAUUUUCUAGAAAUAUCUGUGAAGGGCUCGGAGAUUAGCGUUGCAGAUAAACCACUGCAGGAUGGAGACGCAGAUACACGUGCCCGUGGGGUCUCCGGUCAUUAGAAAAAUUCCUGUUUUCGUGGACGAACACAACGUGACGGAGGGGGCGAUGAAGCUUAUCCAAGAACUGAGACCGGCGUGGGACAAGAGUCGUGUCAAGACUAAGCUCUUCACUGAUGGAACCACCAACAAACUUGUGGGCUGCUACGUGGAGGACAGUCCAGAGGAUGUAGUCCUUGUCCGAGUUUACGGAAACAAGACGGAGCUAAUUGUGGAUCGAGACAAUGAGCUCAAAAGCUUUCAGGUGCUACAUGCUAAUGGGUGUGCGCCUCACCUCUACUGCACUUUUCAGAAUGGCAUUUGCUACGAGUUCAUGCAAGGUGACGCUCUUGGGACGCAGGAUGUCAGAGAUCCUUCUUUACUCAGAUUGAUAGCCAGAGAGAUGGCUCGUAUCCACGCCAUUCAUGCACACAAUGGCUGCAUCCCCAAACCCAACCUCUGGAUUAAAAUGAGGAAAUACUUCUCCCUUGUGGCCACGGAGUUCACAGACCAAGCAUCCAAUGCAAGAAUCCAGCAGGAGUGUCCCAGCAAAGCUGUGCUGGAGCAGGAGAUGGUGUGGAUGAAGGAGCACCUCUCCAAACUGUGCUCCCCUGUGGUGCUCUGCCACAAUGACCUGCUGUGCAAAAACAUAAUCCACAACAGCAAAGAGGGUCAUGUUCGCUUCAUAGACUAUGAGUACUCCAGCUACAACUACCAGGCCUUUGACAUCGGCAACCACUUUAAUGAAUUUGCAGGAAUGGCAGAGUUGGACUAUGGGCUUUACCCCAGCCGAGAGAUGCAGAUGGACUGGCUCAAAGUGUACCUACAGGCAUACAAACUCUUCACCAAGAAAACAGAGGAGGUCAGCCAGAGAGAGCUGGAGACACUCUACGUACAGGUCAACAAGUUUGCUCUGGCUUCUCACUUCUUUUGGGGUUUCUGGGCGCUCAUACAGGCCAAAUACUCCUCCAUAGACUUUGACUUCCUCGGGUAUGCUGUUCUACGGUUUAACCAGUACUUCAAGACCAAACCUGAAGUGAUGGCCCUACAGAUCCCAGAAUGAGAGGAGACAGGACAGCAGUGUACAGAGAUUAUCGAGGAUGGAUGCAUCAGGUUUCAUGCUGGGACUUCUUGAAGGGUGGAAACACUCUCUCUCUUUCAGCCAGCUGUUGACCAGUUCUCGGUCUGUCUGGCCCCUUUUCCUGCAACAAGCGCAAUUACUCUUUCAUUCCUCCAACUUAGCUUCAGGUCUGUCACACUCUCGCUCAAGACACUGUUACGAGUUCUGUCAGUCUGUAUGUUUGUGUGUUUACUUUCAUUUUAAUGUCAGUUCAUCCUUAGAAACUUGACUUCUUGCUCUCUCUCUCUCCUCAGCCAGGUGAACAGGUUGAGCCUGGUAGUCUGACUUUAGGGGGGAGAUUACACACUGAAAAUCCAGCUUCACUGUCAGUCACACUGAUACACAAAUGCCCCACAACAUCAGUAACAAAAGUGCAACAAGAAAUGUGACUGUUGAAAAAUAAGGUACAUACAGAUACACAUAGCUUUUCCUUUAAUUUGCUUACUGAACCUAUACCUCAGUGCAAUGGGCUCAGCAUAGUGAGAAACCUACUGUAGAUGCCUUCACAUAGUUCUGAGAUUUUACAACUGGUAUGCUCACCAAAACCAUUCCUCCUUCUGUCUAAAGAUCUUUUAACAUUUACAUUUGAACUUGUAUCAUUCUUCCUCACUUUCUUCUUAUCUUUGGUGCUAACUGCUUGUAGCUGUGAUAUUUCUGCUCUGCACUCCCAGAUAUCAGCUAUGUACUGUGUAGUCAUCAAGAUUUUUUACUGUCGUUGCCGUAAGAGUUUCCAGACUUUGUCAGUUAAUCCAAACAUACUGCUGCUCAUGCUAUGAAUAAAUUAAUUUUGUAGGGCUGGCAAUGAAAAGUCAAUAAUUACAUUCAGCUAUUACAUAGUAUCAAUUUAGAACUAUAUUUUCCAUUCUUUUUACAAGAUGGGCUUAGAAAAAGGUAAGAUCAGCAAAAAGUAAUACUAAAUAUUUUAGCAUGUUAAUGGCAAUUUCCAUUAUGUGUUAGCAACAAGCUAAAAAAUUCAGCUUUACCCCCCAGUCUGUCUUAAAAUGCACAUCCCUGUAAGAUAAAUCAUUCUGCUAGUAGACUUCUACCCUUGAAAGACCAAUCAGACACCGAUUUUAAGAAGCAGUAUAUGAAGUAGCUUUUCAUGGACUGACUGUAUGGUGAGUCUUUUGUGUUGUAGCAGUGGAUGGUAGAGAGAAGCUGAACAUGCAUUUAUUUAUUGAUCUGAUCUGAAGAACCGUCUGGAUCAUUAAUAUCUCAGGUAAAACUGCUUCAUAGUUCCAGUUUCAGUGAUACUGAUGGAGAAGGGGAGAUGGUUUUGGGUCAAAAGAGGGCACCUGUGUCAGCCCGAGCUCUGUGUGCAUUCUGUCCUUAACCCGUUUUUCCACUUUCUUGACUUUUAUGGUUACAAAGAACCGCUCCGUUAAACUUUCCAUUUAGACUUCCCAGACCUUGGAAAAUUACAACCUCCACCAGCCCCCCUACCAACCCCUCCUCCUGCACCAUCAACCCCUCUCCUCUUUAUGGCCUAAUCUGUUUGUUCCCUCCUCACGUUGCCAUCUUUGAUCUUCGGCUCCUCUUCAGUUUCAAAUCUCCAGUCAUGUGUUCAAACUAAUGCUGCAGCACCUGUUUAAAAGGUGGGAGCUCUCAGCCACACAUUCUGAUCAGUUCUACUUACAUCCCACACUUUAAGUAAAUUUUGUUACAUAAUAUCACACAGUCAAAGUUUUGUUGGGGGUCAAAUCAAGGCUUUCUGUUUCCAUUUAACACUACACAUACGCAGUGAAAGACUGACACACAGAGUUUUCACUAAAUUUAAAACAAAAUGCUGCAGACCUUUAAAGGGGAAUCCACUAACUUUACACCUCAGUUGUUGGUGUGUUCUACUCUACAUUUAAGGUCGCAUUAAGUCUUUAGUAGCUUCAGAAUAGAGCCGCUCUUUUAUAGCAAAAAUUAUCAUCAAGAUUAUUUGACUUAUAUCUACAUCAGAUUUAUGAUAUGUAUGACUCUGUCUGGUGUUUUCAGACUAUUUGCAGUACAAGACAUGACUCACUCUGCUCUUAACUUAGAUUAAAGUGAGAGCUGUGUUGGUGGGAGGGUUGAGCACCCUGCUCAAAAUCUACAGGCAAAAAACAAGUACAACACAGCACGGAGCAAAGUAAUUCUUUGAAUUUGGUGAUUCUUUUAUGCUCAUGGGAGCUAAUUUAGUAAUUGAAAUCUUGAUUAAUCACAUAGCACUGUUGCAUAACUUGAUAGGUAGGCAGUGCUAAAUAAGUGAUACAAUUUUAUUUUUGCGGUUGAGCACCAUGAUUUAAAAUUUGAAUUGGUUUACUUUGAAAAUCUGUGUAGAUAUGCUUCAGAGCAGCAGUCUCCCCAAAGGCAUGUAAAUCUAAAUUUUACAAUUCCUCUGCAGAUUGAGUUGUAUUGUUAACAAUGCCUGAUUAGUGUUUUUUUUCUCAGAAGUGGAAUUUGUAAUGCAGCAUUUUAUGUAAUGAUGUUGAGGAUGAAAUAACCUCAGUGAUCUCAGGACUGAACUGAUUUUCAUAUUUGACAUAUGAAGUGAUACUGAACUACAGUUUCAAGUUGUGUAAAAUAUUCAUUCUACAUGACCAAAAAUGUAAAAAUUCCAAAACUAACAAAAAAAAGAUACAUUUUGAACGUAGUCAUGACAAAUUAAAAAAACAAAUCCUCCAAUUGGACAAGCUAUAGGCUAAAAAAUAACACAUUUUCACAACUAUCACUGAAAAAUCACAGAGCAAUCACCAAUAUUACCAGUACAUGUUUUUUUAAUCUUAUUUAUCAUUCUGGUGUUUCUGCCAUUCUUGGGUAACUUUUUCCAACACAACAAAGCCCCUCCAUAGUCUCAGAAGUCAUUAUACAUCAGUGCAUAAUGUUUUACAUGUUAAGUAAUAUGGUCUAUUGCCAAGAAACUUGAGUGUAAAUCAGUGGAGUCCCCGUUUAUGAACAUCCAAGUCAUAUUAUCUUAAACUGAUUUCUAUUACCAUGUCAUGUUUGACUUUCUGAAAACUGCAAACACCUCAACUAUAACCAGCCUGUUGUAAAAACCUCAAGGGCCUCUUUCUCUGUUCCGCUGAACUGUAUAACAUAAUUUACAUGAUCACAUUUAUGCAUUAAUCAGAGCUUUUAAAAGCCAUUUAGUCAUGCUAGGCUUUAGAAUAAGGACAUGUCUUCCCCCUUACCCACACACUGUAGGAAUCCAUUCUGGGAUCAGCAGGGGGAGACGCUGAGCCCUGACCUUUGUCCUACACUGCUUGUCUCAUGUGUCUUACAGGCUGAAUAAUUUACAAAGUGAGCUGCCACCUCUCAGAACACCAAAACAGACAGACCAAUUGAUGUAAAUGCUUUCCAGUCUGGACACUUAACCUGGGAAAUAACACAAGUGCUGUCAGAUGAGGAAAAUCCAUAUUAGAAAGUGUCAGAAGAGGUUAUCCUAUUAAGUGAUGAUCAGAACCUUGUUAAUGUGAAUUAAAGCUCUUUAGGGCUUUUUGAGGGUUUACAGUCACUUAGUGAAAGAGUACUUAUAUGAAGGCACAUACUUGGGAGUAAAAAGCUUUUUUAAUGUCAAAUUAUCCACAAAAAAUGUGCAAUUGGUAAUCAGAGGAGUCAUAUUUUUAGGACUCAGUGCAGUAAUGUGCUGUUAGAUUUAUAGAAAAGACCAAAUUCUUAAGCUUGAACGCACAACCCUAAUUAUACCCUAGACAUUAUAGGGAACUUAGGAAGAAAAUAGCAUAUUAUUUUGUUUCUCUUUGGUAUAUUUUAAUGCACUAGCAGAUACUGCUAUUACACUCAUUAUUUUAGCAGCCAUCAGUAACUUUAUUUAGCAACAGAAACAUCGGCAUAAAAGAAUAUUGGUAUUAUAGAAAUAAAUGCAGUUAUUUGAGAAGCCUCAACACUUUUAACAAAAACCCUUGUAUUACAGAUUUUCAUACAAAGACGUGAUCAGAGGUCAAAUUGCCGUUGAAAAUCAAAGCUGAAGCUUUGAAUCUGUGAUCUUUAAAGCACUGAAACUUUUAAGUCAUGAAAGCCGUGCUUUAUGGCCAGUUAUUUACCUUUUAAUGCACCUUUUUGGGUUUAUAACAGUACUCAACAGUGGUGCCAAUUGGUAGCGACAAAGCCAAUUAGAGAUCACCACAAAAAUUUAAGUUGGUUAAAAAGUUUUCCUAACAUGUGAAGCGUGAAGAGCUUUUUAAAGUUGUAAAUGUGAUGGUACGAUUUUACUGAAGGUUCUUUUAGUGAACUUUUAACUUCACCAUUUAGCCAUUUCGUUUGCUUAUACAUCAGGCUGCAUCGUUAGCAGAAUUGUAAAUAUUUGACUAUGUGCAAUGCAUGUUCCUGGAGGGUACCGCUUGAGACCUCGGGCUGUAUACAGCUCCCUGAUAUGAAAACAACAAAUAUGGCGACACUUGAGUAAGUUACUAUUGAUUUACUUUAAUAGAAAUGUUCAUUAAAACUUACAUCACGAUUGCUAAAGCUGGGCAUACAAUGUGCAAACUAUCCAAAUUAAGACACAAAUUUUGAGUACCACAACUCUCUUGGAAGUCAGGCCAAUGUUCAGUCUGAUCGUGUGUCAUACAGUGUACAGGAGGAUAUGACAGCUGACCACAACCUGUCCACAGCCUCUCCAGCUGCCCCUGACUGGUCAGAUGGAUUACUGGCAUGUUUGAUAUUUUGUGGGCUGCAGGGUGGUACACGGGUUAGCACUGUUGCUUCACAGCAAGAAGGUCCGCUUCCAGUCAGUGCCUUUCUGUGCAGAGUUUGCAUGCAUGCGUGGGUUCUCUCCAGGUACUCUGGCUACCUC